ACUGUUUUGGUCACGAACCGGAAGCAGCCAGGGUGACAUUUAGAACAGGACGAAAACGAAGGCAUGGGUGUACAUAUGUUGUGAAACCCCGUGUCCUCUUAAUUUGUAUGUAGCUCUUAUAUUGAUGUGUAUAAGUGUGUAGACUAAAGAGCACAAUGGCGGCGUGGAGCUGUCGGUUUCUUCUUCAGCGGGGAACUCGUCUCGUUUCUCUCCGAGCAGCAGCUGAAAGUCCUGUCCAGUUGGAUGGGUUGUGUUAGGACAGUAAAAACCACAACAUGGUUCGAGGAACACCUCACUGAGGACAACCAGCAGUACAUGAGGAAGAGUGCAGCAGAGGAAUACAGAAGACAGACAGCUGAAAAGCUCAACCCACUCAAAGACGAGCCCUGGCAACGGCAUGAAUGGACUGAAGGGAGUCGAAGAGUCGGGUUAGUGGCUGUGAAGCUGGGGAUGGCUCCUAUCUGGACGAAAACAGGAGAAAGACAUGUAGUCACCAUGUUACAGGUGCAGGACUGUCAUGUGUUAAAGCACUUGUCCAAAGAAGAAAAUGAUGGACACACAGCCGCUCUCAUUGUAGGAGGGAAGAACGUAUCACCAUUCCAUAUGACUGAAGCGGAAAUGGAGAUGUUCAGGAAUGCCGGAGUACCUCCAAAACAGAAAAUUACCACCUUUAAAGUCUCCAGCAAUGCCAUCAUCAAGCCAGGCACUCCUCUGUAUGCAGCACAUUUCCGUCCAGGCCAAUUUGUGGACGUCACGGCCAAAUCCAUUGGUAAAGGUUUUCAAGGUGUAAUGAAGCGAUGGGGGUUCAAAGGUCAGCCAGCCAGCCACGGCCAAACAAAAACUCACCGCAGACCAGGAGCUUCUGGGCCUGGAGGGGAUCCAGCCAAAGUUUUCAAAGGGAAGAAAAUGCCCGGCAGAAUGGGCAACGUCUACGUCACAGCUCACGGACUGAAGAUAUGGAGGGUCAAUACCAAGUAUAAUGUGCUGUAUGUUAACGGCUCUGUGCCCGGCCAUAGGAACUGCUUACUGAAGGUAAGAGAUACUGUACUGCCGAACCUGAAAUCCACCCUGCCUCAACCCUCCUUUCCCAACCUACUUCACCGAGGAGGAAGCCGACCUUGAUGAAGACCUGUAUGACGACGACUUGUUCACUCACACAGAGCCGUCAUUAACACUGACCUGAGCACACAACAUAUACGCAUAUACACGCGAAACACACAUUUCACAUCGGCAACUAAACCUGCAAACUGUAUCCGUAUCCUGUAAUAAAGAGUAAUUCCUUUGGA